AUGGCCUCUGGAGCUGUUUAUAUUGUAAUAAUUUUCCUUGUUCAGAUUUUCAUUGGAACCCUGGGGAACCUCUCUCUCUUAGGUAAAUAUUUAUUUCUUUUCCUCACUGGAUAUAAGACAAGAUCCAUAGAUUUGAUUGUUAUGCAUCUGACUGUGGCCAACUUCUUGGUGAUUCUCUCUAGAGGGAUCCCAGAGACCAUGGCAGCUUAUGGGUUGAAAGGCUUCCUCAGUGAUUUUGGGUGCAAAUUUGUUUUCUAUGUUAGCAGAGUGAGUAGGGGUGUAGUCUUUGGCACCACCUGCCUCCUGGGUGUCUUCCAGGCCGUCAUCAUCAGCCCCAGCAACUCUAGGUGGGCAGAGUUGAAGAUGAAGUUUCCCCAGUAUAUAAGCACCUUCACUGUCCUCUGCUGGGUCCUGCACUUGGUGUUGAACAUUAGUUUCUCUGUGAGUUUGACUAGCAGUUCGAAGAAGAAAAACCUCACAAAUAAAAUAGACUUUGCUUACUGUUCAAAUCCACAUACCAUGAAAGGGAUAUACGCAGGAUAUGCAGUGUAUACCACCAUCAUUGAUGUUUUGUGCAUGGGGCUAAUGCUCUCAGCCUGUGGCUCUAUGCUUUUCAUCUUGUGUAUGCACAAGCGGCGGGUCCAGCACAUGCGUAGGACCAGCAACUCCUUCAGAUCCUCUCCUGAGACCAGAGCCAUUCACAGCAUCCUUCUCCUGGUGAGCAUCUUUGAAUUUUUCUAUUUCCUGUCUUGUAUCAUACAAAUAUAUGUGACUUUUUUUAGUCAUUCAAGAAUCUUACUGUUCACUCUUGGUGCUUUCAUAAAUGCAUGUUUCUCAACUGUAUAUCCCUUUGUAUUCCUAAUUCAUGGUCAUUAUGUAUCUGGAAUUUGCUGCAUCUAG